AUGGUCUAUACAGUGACCAAUAUUGCCACAGGAGGAGAGGUGGCUGUAAAGCAAGUGAGUCUCCUCCAAAAGGAAUUAAUUGCCAAGGAACUCCUAGUUGUUAGGAACAAUAAGCACCCCAGUAUUGUUAACUAUUUACAUCGUUACCUUGUUGGGGAUAGACUCUGGAUAAUUAUGGAAUACAUGGAUGGAGGACCUUUAAGCAGUGUCAUUAAAGAAGUCCAUAUGGCUGAAGGAGAGAUGGCAGCCAUCUGUCAACAGUUACAGCCCUGA